UUGUAAUAUGGAAGUAGUUUCUAAGGAUUGUAGCAAUGAUUUGUGAGUAUUGACUUUCAAGAUAAUGCAUCCUUAUACAAGGAGAUCGUUGCAAUCUGUAAGCUCACUGUAAAUACACUUAAGGUAGCUUCUGAAAAGAAACUUAAAAUUCAUAUUAAAAAAAGAAAAUAAUUCAUCAUGCAUACUUUUUCAUUCAUGAUCAUGUUUUAUUUCUGAUAGGAGAUACCUGCCAUCUGUUGACACUUGAGAAACCUCUUCUUGCUCAAUUAUAAGAAUAUGAUUCCUUCCAUAAUUACAUUUGCCUACAUGUCUUUGAAUGUAAUACAUAUUUAUCUGUUUUCUGAUUGUAAAAAGAGUUAAGGUAGUGGGAAGACUGAGGGAGGACAGAUACACGGUAUGACACUGGGGCUGGCAGUUGUGAUGGGAGGUAGGAAGGAGAAAGGUAGACCGAGUUGCACUUACUGUGUGUAUAUAUAUUUUCUGUACUUAAAAAUCUGCCUUUCUCUUACUUUUUACUUCUUGUAUAUAAGUAUUAUAUACUUAUUGUUCCUCUUCCUAAACAGAUUCCUUUAAAAUGCUGUCUUUGAUUUAAUAUUGAUUCUUUAUCCAUAUUCAUUUGAGGCUAUUUUCAAUCCUCGUUGUAGAUAAGAAGACUUUAGUCUUGUAUCUUAUCACGCUGUUUGCUUUCACCUUCAGAGCUAAAGUAAUUCAAUGCUAAAAUCUUCCACUGGCUUUUAUAGGAGCAGAGUACUUAAUUUCUGUGCUCUUUCAAAUUACCAUUUGUACAGUUUAAGUGUUCUUUCAUUCUCUUUCUCUCCCUUCAUAUGCAUGCAUCAACAUAGACGAAUAUGUGUACAUAUAUGUGUACACCUGCAAGAAUGUUCUGUAGGGUGCUUCAUAAAGAAAGAUUUAAAGAUGCUGAAAUGAAAUUGAAUGUGAAUACUAUUCUUCUGCAAUAAUAACAUUUUUAUAGCAUUUAAUAUGUUGUGAAUUUUCUAAAAAUGUUAAUUACUACAGCAGUUCUGAUGUGGUAUUUGUUCCUUUUUCCUUUGUAUAAAAUGAAAUGAAAAAUGCAUUACUGAAGUUUGUGUCAAAGGAUACGGGAUUCAGUUACAAGUCUUUAACUUGUCUUCAGCAGUAUUGCUAUUUCUUCUACCUUACUUGAAUUCCUUUUUUUUUUCCCCCAUGUUGUGUGAUUUAACAGUACAGCGCAAGGCAGAAAGUUAGACUGUCAUCUCUGUUAUGUUGACAACUUAUACCAGGGUGUAACUUAUUUUGCGUAAUCAAAAGCAAAUAUUUUAUGGUAAAGUAAGAAACAGCUUCAUCUCUGAUUGUAACAUGAAGUCUGAUAAGUGUGCCAGGUGAAUAGGUAGCUUCAGUUCUAUGUCCUGAUUAUUAUUUUUCUACAUCUCAAACAUUUGUUUUACUUUCUACAUGUAAUUUACUUGCAGUGGGGCCUGGGCAAGUAGUGGAUAAACCACAGGGCUGUGCUGCCAUCCAGAGGGACCUGGGCAGGCUAGUGAAGAACCAAGCAGAGUUCAACAAGGGGAAAUGGUGAAGUCUUGCAUCAAGAUAAAUCCCAGGCACCAGACCUGACUGGAAGGCAACUAUGCAGAAAAGUGCCCGGGGGGUCUUGGUGGACACCAAAGUAAACAUGAUGCAGCACAGUGACCUUGAAUGCAUCUGAAGGGUGUAAGUCAGGUGGGUGAGGCCAGGUUCCUUUUAGCGGUGUUCAGCAACAGGGCAAGCAUCAAUAGACACAUAUGAUGUUCCAUCUGAAUAUGAGAAAAAUCUUCUUUACUCUGACGGUGACAGAGCACUGGAUCAGGCUGCCCAGAGGGGCUGUGGAGUCUUCCUCUCUGGAGAUGCGCAGAACCUCCCUGGAUGUUUUCAUGUGCGUUCCUGUAGGGAACCUGCUUUAGCAGGAGGAUGGACUUAAUCUCCAGAGGUCUCUUUCAACACCUCUGAUUAUCUGAUUCUUUGAGACAAAUGUGUAAAAAGCAAAUGUGUUUCACUGUAGGGUGUACACAUCUUAGCCAUCUGUGUGCAACUAUUAGUAAUGGUGCAACUACACCCCAGGUAGUUUCCCUUUACCCUGUUAGUCAGGUCUCCUUAGAAAAGACCAAAGUAUAUUCUGUUCUCAAGUCUCUAUAGUAGAUCAAAGAAGUGAAUAAAACAUAGACUCUAGAAGAUACUUUCCAGAAAAUGAUGUGGUUAUCUUUCCCCCCCCUUUUUUAAUUAUUAUCUAAAUAGCUUACAUUAGCAUGAGCGUAUCAUGGUAUUUUAGAAAAUUUAAAUCAUGAUUCUUUCAAGCAAGUUAUCUAAAGCUCAUAUUUAUACUUCGGUUUUUGUGGUCAUCUGCUACUCUUUGAUUCUCCUUUAUAUCUUAAUUGUUUAAAAUUAAGAGUAAUGUGAAAUGAUUAAUGAAUAGUAAGAAUUUCUGACUUAAAAAUGUGUUUAGAAUAAAACCUACCACUAUAAUACUGAGAGUAAUUUUGAAGAUCAGCUUGUGCUUAUUCCACAGAGGCAGUUUUACCUCUGAAAUAUUCAGGCAUAGCUUGUUGUGAUUGCAGGAAGUUAAAGGAAAAACAUUUCACCCAUCACUUAUGGAAACAAGACAACAGAUGAAAGAAAAAAAAAAAUCAGCAGCAAACAAGAUCUCUAAAUGAUAGACUCGCGUAACCAGUUUAAAACUGGGCUCAUUUUCUUCCCUCUUCUUAUAGAGCUACUUGUGUUUAUACAUUAAUUGAAAAUUUCUGGAUAUCUGUCUUGAAGGGGCUUUUGCUUGCUGACUACAAAAUAAGUUUUAUUGUUGUUCUUUUUUGCUGGUUCUUCAUAAGAACUAUUAUUUCAGUGCUAGUAGGCUAACGGUUUUGGUUCCGUUGUAGUUGUUCUUCUUUUUCUGCUGUUUUUUACUUAAUUAUAUGACUGACUUUGUGAAUGUCUUCUGUACAGAAAGUAUUUUGAAACUGUAUUUCUGACACAAACAUCAGAUAAUAUUAGAUUCUGGGAAGAAAUCAGGAACUUGCCUGCACAUAGAAAAUUACACCUUCUAAGGAAGGUUUCUGAUUGAUUAGGGAACAAUGAAAUGUCUCAAAAAUUAAACCCCUAAACCUCUGAUGUACUGAAAUAUGUAAAAGCAAAACUAAAUACUGACACUUGAUUUUGCUGAGAAAGCUAGCACAAUAGCUUUCUGGUCUUUUUGUGAAAUUCUUAAAAUAUAGCUUUAUAUCUUGCAAGUGAAACUAAUUUAAGCCUCUGUUUUAAAGUAGUGAUUCUGGAGGAAUGGAGAUCUGAUUGUAAUUGGUUUCAAAAUGAAAUUGUAGAGACUUUUGUGUUAGUUGAAGAAGUCAAGCUGUCAACAUAGUUGUGGGCAGGCAAGUCACGUAUGCAUCACAAACACAUGGGUUGAGGUUGGAAGGGACCUCUGAAGGUCAUCUAGUCUGACCAGAUCUGGUACCAGAUCUGAAAAUUAGAGGUCCUGACUGCAGCAGAGGGGUUGGAACUUGAUGACCCUUGGGGUGUCUUCCAACCCGAACCAUUCUCUGAUUCUGUAAUUCAUUGACCUGCCUUGUUCCAGUGGAGUCAGGACAGAUUGCACGGGAACACAUCCAGGGAGGUUUUGACUCUCUCUAGAGAGGAAGUGACCACAGUCUCCGGGCAGCUUACUUCAACUUCUCUGUCACCCUCACAGCAGAAAAGCUUUUCUUAAAGUUUAUUCCUUAAAAGAAUCAUAGAGACUAUGGAUUAUCUAGUAAUUAAGUGCCUGGUGAUAUGUAAUUGGAAUCAUUAGCUGGUUAAAGUUUGUUUUUCUUCUCAUUUCUGAACUGCAGCUCAGGUGUAUGCAUAGUUGCCACAACUUUACUUUGGUUUAGCAUUUAUACUCUUCAUAAACAGCUGUAAGAGACCUAAGGAGGAAGAAGUAUUUCAUACUGCUGAGUGGAAUGCCUUGUAAUGAAGGUCUUGUGUGGAGAAAAUACUGCUUGUGAAGAAUCCUUGGCCACCUAGGAAAUAACUUACUGGAAGAAGAUCAGUACUCAGUGACGGUCUGUCCUGUGUUCUGCACCCUCAGUUUCAGUAAUACCCUUUUAGAACAGCAUUACUUUGCUUCUGUGAACAUAUUUAAUGAGAUUUGUUAGGUUGCAUGGUAUGGCUCAUGUCAAGUGGCAUUCUUUGGGGAAGCAUUGUAACGAUGGAUUAUAAAAUCAUUUAAAACCAUUCUCUAGGAUCAAUUACAUAUGAAUUUUUGUAGUGUGGUAGCAGCAUAGCAGCAGGGCAGAUACUCAGAAAAGUGAAGCAAAUAGCAUCCAAUUCUUGCAGGCCAUUUUUAUCUUUGAGAUGCUGAAAAGCAUAUAGUCCAGUUUCUAAUGGAACUCAAGACUCUUGACCUGUCAGGUAGCUUACGUUUGUCCUCAGCAAGUUGCUCAGCAUAAAACUGCAUACUUCAUUUGUGCUCAGUGGUUAUUUAUUUUGGGAAAGCAGAAACAACAGAUCUGUAAGGCGGGGGGAGCUUUUACUUGCUUGUUUUAUUUUAGGCAUGUCCAACCAGUGGCCUGGCACGGCUCACACUGCCGCUUGCCCUGCAUCAUCAUGGCAGUAACUCUUCCCCUCCACAUGGCCUGGCCCAGCCCCUGGAUGUGGGGAGAGCACAGAACUCUGCUUCUUGCACCCCUUGUACCCACUCAGUCACACUGAAACCUGUGUGUGUUACUUGUGACGUGCGCUUGUGCUGUUUGCUGAGUAAAACACAGUGAUUGCCAUACUUCAGACUGCAUAUGGGCAUCACAGAAGAAAACAGAACCCUCACAAAAGAAGAGUCGUGGAUGAAGGAAGAGUGUUCAAGGAAAAGUGGACAGAUGGGUACUACUUUGUCAAGACAAUAAUAUGGUACUAUGCUUAAUUUGCAAGGAAAUUGUGUCAGUUUUCAAAGAUUAGAGUUUACAUUAUAUGCAGAAACAUGCUGCCAAAUGCAAUGUGUAUCAAGGAAUGUUUCAUAAAGACAAAAUAGCAGAACUGAAAAAAGUCUGUCAUCUUAGUGAUAUCUUUUUUAAAACUCUAAAAUAUUCUGUUUUUAAAAACUAGUUAUGUGGUAGCAAAUCUAAUUGCAAAAAAAUAAAAAACAUUAACUGAUGGUGACUUUAUUAAGCAAUGAAUGGAAAGCAUGGCAAAUAUAAUGUGUCCUGAUUAAAAAAAAAAACAAAAAAAACCCAUAUUUUUCUAAAAUCAGUUUGUGUCACCAGACAGUAGCCAGGUGAGCUGAAGAAAUGGGAACAUCUGUUGAAAGAAAUUUGGAGACUAAAGCUGCUAAUUUCAAAAUUUUUUGCUUUGGUAAUAGAUGAAAGUACUGACACUGCAGAUAUGGCUCAACUUGCCAUUUUCAUUAGAGAUAAUAAAGAAAAUGGCUUCUUUGGUGCCAUUAAAAGCCACAAUAAAUAGCUUGAUUUGUAUGAAGCAGUAAAAAAAUAUGCUAAAGUGAUUUUCUUCAACCUUUGUCAACAUGUCUGGUAUAGCUAAUGAUGGUGCCCCAGUGAUGGCUGGGGAAAAAAAGGACUUAUAAAAUUAAUAGAAGAAGAUGCAAUUGCCACUGACAACUCACAUUUGAUGAAAUAUCACUGUGUCAUACAUCAUGAAAAUUUAUGUGUGAAAGCCUUAAAAAUGGAUAAUGUCAUGCAAAUCAUCAUCAAAGCUGUGAAUUUUGUAAAAUCCAGUGGGUUGAAUCAUCGCCAAUUCCAGGAGUUCCUUAAAAAUACGGAUGUUGAUUAUGCAGACACCCAUUUACUUUUUUGAAGGAACGUGGCUAAGUCAGGAUAAAAUAAUAAAAGAAGUCAUGAUAUGCAAAUUGAAAUCAAGUCCUUUUUGGAGUCAAAAUGGAAACUUGUGCCAAAAAUGGCUCACAGGUUUAGCAUUUUUGGUGGGUUUGACUGCCCAUUGAAAUGUGCUAAACGUAUGUCUUCACGGUGAAAAUCAGCUUAAUCUGUGCUGUGUUUCAAAGCAUGAUAGUGUUUGAAAUAAAACUUGAAUUAUAGCAAGCUCAAGUUACAGCAAAUAAUUUCAUACAUGAAUUAGCUAAACAUGGUCCUGUGAAGAGCAAAAAAUGUGCAGCCCUGUUUUGUAAUUUGAUAAAGGGGUUUGAGAAUAGGUUUCGGGAUUUCCAGAGUCAUAAAUAUUUUUGGUGUAUUUGUGACUCCAUUUUCAGGUGACAUAAAUACAUUACCUUUGAUUUUCCAAAUUGAAUGUAUAGGGUUGCAAUCAGAUGUUCAACUCAAAAAUUUGGUCGUGUCUCUUUACAGGACUUUCAUAAAAGAAAAAUAUCCCAUGCUUCACAGUCAUGCCUUAAUAACAUCAUCACUUUUUUGGCAGUACAUACAUUUUUGAACGAUUAUUGUCAAGGAUAAAGUAGAGAAAGAGCAAUAUUUCAUUAAAGAUCUGAUGAAGGCCUUGAGAGCUCACUAGGAACCGUGGCUACUUCAGUUGAACCAGGCACGGUGCGGACCAGGCAAGCUGAAAGGUUGGGCACUGGUGUUUUAUAUCCUCAGUGCUGAAGCUAGCAGCAGGUGGACCUGCUCUACGAAGUUAGGGAACCAGUGCCAUCUGCUGGUGCUGAUGCAUUUCUUAAAAGAGGAAAAAUGACUUGCCAGGAGACGUGAGGAAUUUCUGGCAUUAUACUAAAAGGAGUGCUUGUACGCAUUUGUUACUUUAACAUUUAAUUAUGUGGAUAAACUAAGUAAUAAAAAAGCUUCUUAUCAUGUUUAUCAGAAGUUGGCUUGCUAAAGCAGAUGCGAGCAUUGGGCCUGCUUAAGAAAAACAUUUGUUUCUGGUAGGUUCUUUUAUUAAAUAGUGCUUGGCAAAUACAACACAAAGAAUUUUGUUUACGUCUACAAUAUUUUAUAACUCAAUUUGGAAGAAUCUUUUCUACUAUCUAUGCAUUUUUACUAAACUCAGAACCUUCUCACUUCCACUAUAUCUGCGGAUAUAGUGGCAGAUAAAUUGUUUGACAUUAAAUACUCAAUAAUAAUAAAACUUGAAAACAGUUGAAGCAAAUGACUGAUAUCUGAAGCGAAGACAUCUACAAAUGCUCUGUUUACUCUGUUUACCAAGGAAUGGAAUGUCCUUCCAUUCCUUGAAGAAAGGUGUCCUGCACCUGAAGUUGUUUACCUGAGGUAAUAACCCUGUUACUCUCCAGAGCUCUGUACAGGCUUUUACAAUAGCUCUUUGGUCAUGCCUGUUCUCCUGCAAUAAAUGUCUGACUCAUAAAAUAUCUUGUCCUGUGAUGGAAACGUUUGUAGAAGUGAAGAUGAUUAAUAUUAAACUGGUGUUUUGUCUUCUAAAAUUUAAGUGAUACUCUUAGAAAUAAUCUUAGAAAAUAUCUUUUGUGUGCGUACUGUAUUUCAUCCUCAUGCAGUUUCUAACAAAGCUACUGCAGACUUAAAUUUGGAACAUUUCUUUACUAAGUUCUGGGUCUGCACAAAGUUCCUUCAAUUUAAUAUUUUGUUCUUACAGCUGUGACUUUCACUUUAAUGCCACAGUCCUUGUAACUGAGGUAUACCUGCCAUUGUUUUCUUUCUGCUUCCAGUGCUAUAUAACCUUAAUGCCUUUCAGUAAUUAUUCUGCAAAAUUAGUAACAUCUGCUGUGUACAGCUGCUUCUCGCCAAGCUCUCCACUGUGAGCUCUGUUUUUUCUGCUUUUUAAUGAAGUAACAUUAUGCUAUAUUUCAGCAGAAGAAAAACAAAAUGCUUAUGCUUUAAAUAGAGUGAUGCUGUAAUGACUUGUGAAUCCUUCAGGCAUUCACUUCAGUUUGUAGCUGGUCAAAGCAACUACCUGUUUUGCCUUAAGUGCUGAGUGAUAUAAAAGAGAAUUACGGUUAGAUAAACUGUCAAGUUAUCAAGAAUAGCAGUAGCAGUUUGAAGAAACCUUUAAAUAAAACCUUUCUGGAGUAGUAGUGCUCUGUUCUAACACGUUGGUGUCCAGGAUCAGCAGAUAAGUCUGCUUUCCCAGUUCUCAAUGAGUAUCUCUAAAUGUAUGGAUGUUCUCUGUAUUAAGCAUUUGUAGUGCAUCACUGUCAUUGUGCUACCAGCAUCGGAAGCAUAUGAUGGAGUUUUAGGACAAACUUGUCUGCUGGCUCUGCCCAUACCACUUACGUACCACUUUCUUCUUCCAGCUUAACUCAGGUAUGACCUUGUUCUCUCCUAGCAGCUGUGAGGGAAGGUGCACGGCAGUUUCUUUGGAAGACCAUGUUCUUCACAAGUUCAUGUUGUUGUGUGCUGUUAGACUGCUGUUAAACCUCUAAGUCCAUCUUUAGCAGCUGCGUAGUUGGCUGCAGUGUUCUCCAUGUUGUGCUGCAAAGUAAAUCUUGCGGCAGAUCACAGAUACCUCUUUGUUUCUCCUCCUGUCCAUAUAAGGCUUCUUAUUUCUUCUGUGAUGAUCUUUUUUGUGGGUUGAAAUGAAGUAGCAUCUGAUGCAGCCUUGCCUUGUUUUCAGUUAGCAGUAUUUUUUUCUCUGAAUGCAGUAAAAGCACCUCAUGGUACAAUUGUGAAGAGUUUCGUAUUUGUUUUGCAUCGUUGUUUGUGCCUUAUGCUACCGUAAAUAUUUUGUGUCAUGGUAUUUGUAAUUCCUUUAGCAAUGUCACACUAAAACCAGCAUCUGCAGGCUGUGCUUUGAUUUGUGGAACAGGAGGAUGGAAGCAGUAGUACUCAUUACCUCUCUCUUAACAUCUGAGUUUUCCUUGUGUGAAUCACUUCAUAAGGAAAACUUCCUUCUUUUCUCAUACUGUGAUAUAUGUAUGAGAUUAUCCUCUCUCUGGAAGGUGACACAAACAUCUUUUUUCUAAAUAUUUUCCAAAAUAAAAUUAUAGAGAUUCUGGAAAUAUAAAGUAUCUCCUCUACAGUAUUUUUAGAUAUUACAGAUUACUUGUAAAUGCAGCUUGAAAGCUGACAAUAAUUCUUAUCUGGCUGUGGACCACGAAUCCAAAAUCUUUUCUUUUUUUUUUUCUUUUUCUUUUUUCCAAACUGAUCACUAUCUAAGUAAGCCAUACAUUGUGGAUCCUUCUGUUUGUUUGUUUUUCCUUCUGUCAUUUGUGAAGAUAAUGUAUUUCUCUAUAUUUUGCCUUCACAUGGCAAAAGCUGGACUUUUGUGGUUCCCACAGUAUCUGUGUCCUUUUGUGGGACACUGACAUCUUCUUCUUUUUAAGUUCCUUUUCCAUCUUUCUAAUUCUGAUAGUCUUUUCCUGCUUUCUUGAUCAGAUACGAAUCAUGUGCUCCCCCCCAGCCUGCUAUUAUCUUAAAUUAAUUAGGAACUUCUAGUUGAAUUUGGUAAGCUAGGUAUUUCUACGUGGCAGCUGGAUUUUGAGGAACUUUGGAUGUUAACUUUCAGACUAUUUUUCUGUCUUUUCAGGUCUCUGGAUGGCAAACUCUGAAAAGAAAUGCUGGUUUGAGAGACACCAAAGAUGCUAACAAGAAAGAUUAAGCUUUGGGACAUUAAUGCCCAUAUAACCUGUCGUCUGUGCAAUGGAUACCUGAUUGAUGCUACCACUGUAACAGAAUGCUUACAUACAUUCUGUAGAAGCUGCCUGGUGAAAUAUUUGGAAGAAAACAACACCUGUCCGACAUGUAGAAUUGUUAUACAUCAGAGCCACCCUUUGCAGUAUAUUGGUCAUGACAGAACAAUGCAAGAUAUUGUUUACAAACUUGUGCCAGGCCUCCAAGAAGCGGAAAUGAAAAAGCAAAGGGAGUUUUAUCACAAACUGGGCAUGGAAGUUCCAGGAGACAUCAAAGGGGAGACAUGUUCUGCAAAGCAGCAUCUGGAUUCUCAUCGAAAUGGUGAAACUAAAACAGAUGAAAAUUCAAACAAAGAAACUUCUGAGGAAAAACAGGAAGAAGAUAAUGACUACCACCGAAGUGAUGAACAGGUAAGCAUCUGCUUGGAAUGCAAUAGCAGCAAACUGCGUGGAUUAAAACGAAAAUGGAUUCGCUGUUCAGCACAAGCAACAGUCCUGCAUCUAAAGAAGUUCAUUGCCAAAAAACUAAACCUUUCUUCUUUUAAUGAGCUGGACAUAUUAUGCAAUGAAGAGAUUCUUGGCAAGGACCACACGCUCAAGUUUGUAGUUGUUACAAGAUGGAGAUUUAAGAAAGCACCUCUACUGCUACAUUACAGACCCAAAAUGGACUUGCUGUAAGAGAACUUUAUUGUCCUUCUGGACAGAGCUUUUUGCAGAGACUAUCAUCUGGCACCUUCUUAGUGCAUCACUAAUCACAUGAUAUGAAUCAGCCGAAUAAUUUUGGAAGACUGUAGUGCUUUCAUAGCUGACUGUCCUUCUGAAUAUUUCUCCUGGGGAUGUGUUAUCUGGAUUUCUGGACAGAAAAUAUUUAUACUUAUUUUAUAUGAAAGAAAUCAAAACUCAACAAGACACUACCAGCACUAGGUUUACAGAUAUUGAAAACACUUCACAGUUCCAUGUAGCUCAGCCUGACUCAUCUCUUACAGUUACACAGAAAUAAGUUAGAAUGUUGUGGGGUGAUUUUAAAAUGUUGCUUUUGACACCAAGUUGCAUUUAGUUACUUUUCACAUUCUGAAUAUUUAAAAAUAUAUUUUUGCAAAGUGUUCUUGUCUUAUAUAGUAUGCCUGAUUGCAUUGGCUUUAAUCAAGUUCUGUAGGUCAUUGAACAUAACUAAUGAUAUAGUGACUGGUGAUAUUUAUUAUGCUGCAUUGAAAACUUUUGAAAAUCUGGGAAAACAAUGGGUUUAUUUGUUGGUUUUAUCCAGUUGUUGCUCUCCCUCAGUUUCUGUUUUAGUAAAGUUUUAAUGCCUUUUUGCAUGGUGAUUUGGUAAGAUUAAUAGUAAUCUCUGCAGCUGAUUUUAAUGUGCCCUGAUAUUUUGCUGUGGCAUAUAUUGCACCACAUAAUGAUAAAUACUCAAAAGUGCU